CGGCGGAGACAAUCGCGCUGAGCGGGCGCCGCAGCCGGAGCGCGAGCCGGAGCAGCGCGGGCGGCGCAGAGCUGGGGCCGAGCCGGGCCGGCCGAGCGGGGCUGGGCGGGAGCCAUGGACCGCUAGGGCCGGGCCGAGCCCCGCGAUGCCGCCGCCGAGUGGCCCCAGCGUCCUCGCGCGGCUGCUGCCGCUGCUGGGGCUGCUGCUCGGCGGCGCCUCCCGGGCUCCCGGCAAGUCGCCGCCGGAGCCCCCCAGCCCGCAGGAGAUCCUGAUCAAGGUGCAGGUGUAUGUGAGCGGGGAGCUGGUGCCCCUGGCCCGGGCCUCAGUGGACGUGUUUGGGAACCGGACUCUGCUGGCGGCUGGCACCACAGACUCAGAGGGUGUGGCCACUCUGCCCCUCAGUUACCGCCUGGGCACCUGGGUGCUGGUCACUGCUGCCCGCCCUGGCUUCCUCACCAACUCUGUGCCCUGGCGUGUUGACAAGCUGCCCUUGUAUGCAUCCGUCAGCCUCUACCUACUCCCUGAGCGGCCGGCCACCCUCAUCCUCUAUGAGGACCUUGUGCACAUCCUCCUAGGCUCUCCUGGUGCCCGCUCCCAGCCCUGGGUGCAGUUCCAGCGCCGGGCUGCCCGCCUACCUGUCAGCUCCACCUACAGCCAGCUCUGGGCCUUGCUCACACCUGCCAGCACCCAGCAGGAAAUGCGGGCUUUCCCUGCCUUCCUGGGCACCGAGGCGUCCAGCUCAGGCAAUGGCUCCUGGCUGGAGCUGAUGCCCUUGGCUGCUGUGAGUGUGCACCUGCUAACAGGUAAUGGGACAGAGGUGCCGCUCUCAGGUCCCAUUCACCUGUCCCUGCCUGUGCCCUCAGAGGCACGUGCCCUUGCUGUGGGCACCAGUAUUCCAGCCUGGAGGUUCGACCCCAAGAGUGGGCUGUGGGUACGCAAUGGCACUGGCGUGAUCCGGAAGGAAGGCCGGCAGCUCUACUGGACCUUCGUCUCCCCCCAGCUGGGGUACUGGGUGGCUGCCAUGGCCUCCCCCACAGCUGGGCUGGUCACCAUCACAUCGGGCAUCCAGGACAUUGGCACCUACCACACCAUCUUCCUGCUCACCAUCCUGGCAGCCCUGGCCCUGCUGCUGCUCAUCCUGCUGUGUCUGCUCAUCUACUACUGCCGGAGGCGCUGCCUAAAGCCCCGGCAACAGCACCGCAAGCUGCAGCUCUCCGGACCCUCCGACGGUAACAAACGAGAUCAGGCCACUUCGAUGUCCCAGCUCCACCUCAUCUGUGGGGGACCCCUGGAGCCCGCCCCGUCGGGGGACCCCGAGGCUCCGCCUCCAGGCCCCCUCCACUCGGCCUUCUCCAGCUCCCGGGACUUGGCUGCCUCCCGGGACGACUUUUUCCGCGCCAAGCCGCGCUCUGCCAGCCGCCCGGCAGCCGAGCCUUCGGGUGCCCGCGGGGGCGAGGGUGCCGCUCUCAAGGGCGCCCGCUCGGUCGAGGGUCCUGGCGGGCUGGAGCCGGGCCUGGAGGAGUACCGGCGGGGGCCCUCGGGGGCCGCGGCCUUCCUGCACGAGCCGCCCUCGCCGCCGCCGCCCUUCGAUCACUACCUGGGCCACAAGGGGGCGGCCGAGAGCAAGACCCCCGACUUCCUGCUGUCGCAGUCGGUGGACCAGCUGGCGCGGCCGCCGUCGCUCAGCCAGGCGGGGCAGCUCAUCUUCUGCGGCUCCAUCGACCACCUCAAGGACAAUGUCUACCGCAACGUGAUGCCCACCCUGGUGAUCCCCGCGCACUACGUGCGCCUCGGCGGCGAGGCGGGCGCCGCGGGCGUAGGCGACGAGCCUGCCCCGCCCGAGGGCGCGGCCCCCGGCCCCGCGCGCCCUUUUCCCCAGCCCGACCCCCAGCGCCCGCUGAUGCAGGGCCACUCGGGCGCGGGGGGCGAGGGCGGCGUGGGUGGCGGCGGCGAGGGCUGGGGGGGCGGGCGCUCGGCGCCCGUCAGCGGCUCCGUGACCAUCCCGGUGCUGUUCAACGAGUCCACCAUGGCGCAGCUCAACGGGGAGCUGCAGGCGCUGACCGAGAAGAAGCUGCUGGAACUGGGCGUGAAGCCCCACCCGCGCGCCUGGUUCGUGUCCCUCGACGGGCGCUCCAACUCGCAAGUGCGCCACUCCUACAUCGACCUGCAGGCGGGCGGCGGGGGCCGCAGCACCGACGCCAGCCUGGACUCGGGCGUCGACGUGCACGAGGCGCGGCCCGCGCGCCGCCGGCCCCCGCGGGAGGAGCGGGAGCGCAUCCCGCCCGCCGCCCCGCCGCCGCCCGCGCCCCCGCGCCUGGCGCUCAGCGAGGACACCGAGCCGAGCAGCAGCGAGAGCCGCACCGGCCUCUGCUCCCCGGAGGACAACUCGCUGACGCCGCUGCUGGACGAGGUGGCGGCGCCCGAGGGCCGGGCGGCCACGGUGCCCCGGGGGCGGGGCCGCAGCCGCGGGGACAGCUCCCGCAGCAGCGCCAGCGAGCUUCGACGCGACUCACUCACCAGCCCGGAGGACGAGCUGGGGGCGGAGGUGGGCGACGAGGCGGGCGACAAGAAGAGCCCAUGGCAGCGGCGGGAGGAGCGGCCGCUCAUGGUGUUCAACGUCAAGUAGUGUCACCGCCGGGCCUGGAGCCGCCUCGGGCUCUGCCCCCGCCCCUUCCACCCGGGCCGGUGCCCAGGGUGCGCUCCCCAGGGGCCUGCGGGGGCCCUCGCUCUUAGCCCCACCUCCGGCGGAAAGGUGCCUGGGGGCCUGCGGAGCCGGUCUGUGGUAUGUGCUGGGUAAUGUCUUGGGAAGGGACCCUGUGUCUGCCUCCAAGCCAGGGGAGGGAGGGUCCGGCCCCCCACUGGGAGGUGCUGGGGAGGAGGGCUGGGGGGGAAGCAGUGCCUGUAUAGACGUGGCUGUACAUAGAAAGCUCUAUUGUGGGGAAGCAGAGGGGCGGCCCAGCCUGAGCUGCUAGUGUAAGGGCUGGGAAGGGAGGGGGCGUUCCCUGUGGACCCCUGGGAGGGGAGGGGGUGCUGCUUGCUGACUAGCCCACCUCUGGGCUACGAUGUCACAGGGCUGGUGGCUGGAGCAGCUCUGGGGACUAGGGGGUAAUGUGAUGGGGCCGUCGUGAGCAACAGCAAAUAUAAAACUGGUGAGGUUGA